AUGGAAGCGGAUAGCUUUGACGUCCCUUUCUUGCAUAUUCCACGUGAUAAUAUAGCUCCACAGCCACUGACAACGGCUUCAAACAGAACGCCGGGUCAGCAUACUUGGAUUCAACUCUCUGGACAUUACGGUAAAAAUUGUUUGGAUAAUCUGCCUUAUUGCACUUUCGCAAAUUUACACUGAUGUAACUUGUCCCCAAGUCUUGUCGGCAUUGCUGGAAAAAAACUCGACUAUAGUGCGGAUAACCUACUUUAAGUGUGAAAGACAAAUAUCGUGCUCGGGUCCGAGCACGUAGGUUUACGAGCUCGUAAACCAGUCGAGGGUGACCACCUAAGCAGGCAGUUAAAGAGCUGACUGUAAUAAGGCCGUGAGCUCUCCGCCAUGGGUUUGAACCCGCAGGACUGCAAUUUUUUUAAACUAAAUAUUCAGUUAGGAGGUCUGAACUUAAGGGACACUUACAAAUUUAUUCUGUCUGGGGAUCAUCUGGUGGAUCGGCGAUUGUGUACGAUAAGCCGAAUGGGAAUUCGGCCUAUCCUGUUGGGAUUAAUGGGUUGUAUACGUUGCAGGAAGUUGGGUGUGUAAUUUUGAUCAAAAAGCAGGCCUCAUGAUUCGUAGGUCAGGCGGUUAGAGUGCUGGCUGCACGAACUCUCUGCCCUUUCUUUCGGGGCCUCUGAUGCGACCCAGAUAGACUUGUUUUCGUUAAGUGGCACUUUUUGAAAUGGAUCAGAUUUGUUGGUGUAGUUCCAAAUUGGCUUUCCUGGGGAUAUUUUGACAGGCCGCUGACUGGUUUGUUAUGAUAAUCUUAAGGCAAUAUUUCCCCGGAAUGGAUUUUAAGCAGGCAUAGACAACAGAACUUAUUGGAACAAGUAAAUUUCGCGACGGCUUAUCAACUGCAGCCUGCCGUUGCAUAACACAGAUAACAAGUGAGAAAGAUACAGAGGUUUGAACUUCACAGAGAAAAUCAAUGUAUAACAGCAAAGUCAUCGUAUACUGCACGUAGACUAAUCAAUAAAAUGGUAACUUGAAAACGCAAAGUAGGAAAGAAAAUGGGAAGGUUAAGAUGCCGAAGGAUUUCGUAAAUCAAAAGGGGCUCAGAUCAACCAGGGCAAGCUGAGGUUGACCACGUGGUCUGUUUGCAUAGGUCAGGUCUCUCCCGCCGUAUGUAGGCUGCCUCCAGGUAGCGCAGUAACCCAGUUGUUCGUUCUCGAUUAAUACUCGAAAAGAUGUUUUUGGGUCAACCAAAUGACCACUAUCAAGGAGGCGUUUUGUAAUAGAAGACCGUAGGAUCUUAUUCCCCUGCUUUAAAAGCUAUUUAGGCAGGUGCUCAACUGACCUGGCUGCCAGUUGCCUUUGCGUUCGCCUAAUGUACUUGCAUCAACAAGUGCAUGUGAAUUCGUAAACACAAUUUGACGUGCCGUGCAAUGGUAAGGCAUGCUUCGCCCGUGGAACUUGGAUAGCCUUAGUAGGGCUGCAGAAUAUGAGUUCAGCUGAGUUGUAUGUUCCUUCAGUGACGCAUCUUAGUCGCCGCUUAAUGGUAUUGGAUAUGCUGUUGCCUUUAAAGGAUAAGGAUAUUACAACGGUUUUUUUCGGAACUGAUUACUCCGUUAAUUUGGGCUGUAAAUUGUUGCUAUACUUUUCGAUUACUCGUGUUGGAUAUCCCCGAUUUACGAAAUUCUUUGGCGUGUUAACUUCCCCAUUUUCAUUCCUAUGUUGCGUUUUCAAGUUACCAUUUUAUUGAUUAGUCUCCGUGCAGUAUACGAUGAUCUUACUGUUUUAAAUUGAUUUUCUCUGUGGAAGUUCGAACCUUUGUUUCUUUCUCACUUGUUAUCUGUGUUAUGCAACGUCAGGCUGCACUUAAUAAGCCGUCGCGAAAUUUACUGGUUCCAGUAAAUUCUGCUGUCUAUACCUGCCUUAAAUUAUGAGAAUCUUCCGGGACAGUCGUACGCUUCCCUUCGAAUCGUUGGAUUACGCAGUUCGGACGUAUUCGUUCUGCCAGAUAUUCAAAACGAAGGACUCUGUGGUUACCUUGUAUUUCGGGUGGAUAAGUUGCUGGCUGUACCAUGUCCGUGCCCUCUCCGCCGUGGGCUUGAAUCCAACCGGUGCAUCCGCGUCUUUUGUAACCCAACAUUCAUUUGAACCCCAGGAAUUUGCCAAAUCACCUAAUUUUAUUUGAGUUGUAAUCUUCUAAUGGAUUGCUCAUUGCUUGCUCGGUUGCUUCCGACUGUGCAUUCUGCCCGUCUUAUUGGAAUUGGUGGAUUGUGUCUUUUGCAGUAGACUGGGCUGUCCCGUGGCGGCAGAUGACCAGCACUUUAGUUUUUACCGACCGGUGUUACUCGUGUUAUGGCUUUUUUCGGACCCUCUGAGUUCAUAAUCAUUAGCUGCUCACGUGAAUAUUUUCAGUAAGUCGUCCCGCAGCACUAGGGCGUUUGUAUUUUUUCCCAACUACAAUGCAGAGCGUGAUCUUGUAUCAAAUCUGUCUAUUCUUGUAUUUCUGACACUCAGUCUCCUCAGUCGUGCCCAGUAGUUUGACGCCGGCGUCCAUCGGUGCUUGUUUGGAUUUAAUUCAACCCCAUACACUUGCUGUGUGGUUAUUUUUACGCAUAUAAAUCUUGUUUCUGUAUCUAUGUAUUUAUAUUGCAUAGUCUGUUCCCUCGAGCAAUUUCGUCGGUUUUAUCUAGUCUCGAAACUGUCAUGCUUUCCGGCCCACGUUUCUUUUUAUGGCAGUUGCUUUACUGUUUUUUUUUUCAAAAAAAAUGAUUAACUGCGUUUUAUCCAUUUUUUUCAGAUUCAUUUAUACCUGACAGGGCAGGAACCAUUUUAAAGGUAUACAGUGAGCAGGAAGAAGCUUGUCUCAAUGUCCUUGCCCGUGAUGUCCUGAGAGAUUUUGUUCCUACCUACAAGGGAGAGACAGUUGUGAACGGGAAAAGUAUGACUUGUUCCUUGUCACCCUAUAUAUAUUUAACUGUUUGUCUUUCCGAGACUUUGCUGUCCCCAUUUCUACCACCAGAAUUACUCAUUCGAAUUAAGGGGAAUUUAUGAUGGAGGCGGGAUAUGCCCGUCCAGUUGUGACUUUGGUCAAUUGUAGUAUAGCUUAGGAGUGAUGCGUACCAAUAUCUCCUGAUUGCUGAUCCAAAAUCGACGUUCCUGCGUUUCCGUGAUACUGAUACUCUGUAGCCCACGUGGGUCGUCACUUGGCGACUAACAUUUAGUGGUCGUCCGAUUUUUCCUGACAAGGACAUGAACACUUGAAUAACCAUUUCCAUCCUUUAGCCAAGAUGGAGCAAUGUACAUCACUCCCUUGUGACCAACUGUUACCGGUCUUGACCAACAUGGCGUCAACCCAAGGUGGAAGUUUGAGUCAAACCUAAACUUCAGGUUGCAGCCGGGAUUUAGGAUAUCACCUACUAAUGGAGGUAAAUAAACCAAGUGGUCAUUCUAGUGUGGCUGUCUUUAUCGGCAAAACUUUUCGAUUGUUAGGAACCGCUGUUGUGGAGCGAUAACAUUUGCGAUUGUGUGAGCGAAUAACUAGAAUUGUCUUCGUAUCUAACUGCGGCUCGUCUAAAUCUAAUCCAUACUUUAGUGUAAGCCAAGCAAGCCUUGGUCUCGUGGGCAUUCCGGAAGUACCGUCUUCCUCGUCUUUUGAAUCCAUCAAAUUAUCACAGAAAGUAUCUUCUAAAUUGCACGACCCCUGUGUGGCUUCUGCUGGAUAACUUUUAUUCGAUUUUUACGGCUUGCUGAGCUUGCUACAAAUUCUGUUUUCCUACAUGCGGCAACUUGGAUCCUCCGGACUGAACAUUUUCAAUGGGAGAAAAUUUUUAUCAACGUAGUACUGUUUCCUAGUCCGUUGAGUCAUUUCCUCCCAAUAUGUGGAAGUGCUUGGCUAUAUAGUUGCGAUCUUUUACCUGUCCGAUUGUAGGGAAAAGCUUACUCGUCCGUUUUGCCGUGGGACUCACCUCUAGAAUACUAUCGAAAUGCAUGUGGUAAGUGGGAUAUGUCGCCGGCAAGAACGAAGGUGAACUGAGUUGCCCAUCUUCGGUCAGUUUGCAGCUCUUAGCCGAGGUCUCUGAACUCUGAACCCGAAUCCAGUUGCUGGACGAACAUUUCAUCUCAGGCAUCCUACCACUUCCAUGAACGUGCUUAUCCGAUCGGCCACGGUCAAGAAUGUCCCAAAUCAUCGGGGAUGCGGCGCCUCAACGAUAUGAUCAUGUCAAGGACAUUGUUUGUUUCCGUCUGCCUGGGCGCUCAGCUCCAGUCCCCUCGGGCAGUAGUGUAGUUACACGUAGUUGGCGGGACACCAGCUAAGAAUAUUCCUACUCGCAGCAGGCAAUGUGUGAACUCGAUGAAUCAUAUGGCAAAAUGCACCAUGGGCUAUAGGACCCGUAUUCGAAUUUCAGGCUGACUAGGGUGUGGGAUUGAAGUAUGGCAGGCAAUAAAGACAGGAAAGUGAGCAACACUCACCACUGUGUUUUCUCGAUCCUAGUCAGCAGAAUGUGGGCACGUAGCCUAAAUAUGACAGCUUUUUGCUUAAAAAUGCUUGAUGGUCAACUAGCUGGGAUUAGACUCACAUUUCUUUUUCAUUGAUUAGUUGUCACGAUACGGUCGGCUAGGUCGGAAAUUCAGAGUAAGGAGUGAUUGUGCUUCAUUCUGCAGCCAGGAUAAAUUGGUAGUAGUAACCUGGAGUCCUUUGAGCGUUCCAUCUACUACAGUGUUUUGAGUAUUCGUCAUGUUUGGAAGUAAAUAAAACGCCUCGAAUCUAAAUGAAGUUAUAAUAGCAAGUAAUCCUUAAAUGCACUAUUUCUAGUCAUACAGAGGCAGUGCAUUUUAAUGUAACCUGCCAGACGUUUUGCAUCACGGAAAGAUAACCCUUCACUUUGGCUUCUAGAAUUCAUUUUCCAGCUUGUAUUAUCUUAGGCGACCUCACGAAGACUGCCCGUCAAGCCAUGGAAGCGCCACUUCCACUUGGAUUAUAAUAUUGCGGAUCGCAGCUGGCGAGACGUGGGCUCGGUAACCCAGUCUAUGAUCGUUUGACAUAAGUGCCGCGAUGACCAGCUGGAUCUAAGUUCCUGUCUGGGGUUCCCCAGUACCGGUGCUUGUUUAUGACAGCAAACAAAUCAUAAAUGGCCAUUCCGGUCACCCGUGUCUUUGCCAGUUUGCGUUCUGUGUUGGGAGGAAUGUGCGUUUUUUAGCCUUGUACGCGCAUGUUCACUCGUCUGUUGAAGUUGCGAAUCCCAAACCAUGCAUUAUAGUUCACGCGACCUCAUAUCGCGGUGCGCUCGGCAUUGAGCUCUUCUUAGCAGUACGUCGCUACUGAGAUCUAAGACUGAACAAGAGACACAGAGUGAAAAGUAGCCAUUUGUCCGCGACUUUAUCACAGUCCUUUGUUUUUAAUUCACUCGAUUCUCAUUUUGAGACUGGAAAAGCCGUCAUUCCCCGAACGCUCCUAUUCUUUAACGAAGUAAUACAUCAGUUAUGUGAUUCGGAUCGUUGGGGACACAUUUGAGUCAUUAUUGGUAUAUGGGGAUCCACUGUCAUUCCAAACCCCAUGCAUGAUGUCGUCACCUAACUGCUUGCUAUAGCCAACUGCUGGCCACCUAAUCGGUGAAAUGUCACGAGAUUCGCACAAUCCGCCCAUCCACGCAUCCCGGAAACCUUAACUGCAUUAAAGAAGCGACCGUUCUUUUCAAGAAGUCAUAGUUUGAUUUAUGAACUAUUAACUAGCUAAUAAGUAUUUUUCGCCAAGACUGGGGAUUCUUAAAAAAGGAGUUUAAUACAGGUCACUUAUUUAAGGCUUAGUAUAACGCACGAUAGGGAGCGUAAAUGCAAUAGUGGGAAGAAUAAUUGAAAAUACUAACAAAUGCGAAGUACUCGGCGUAUUCGGUUGUUCUUUUGCAUGGAAUACACUUUUAAGCCUGACUGACAUAAAAACUACCAAGUUGUCUGUGGCGGAGUCGUCUACGCAGUUAUUAGGUGCAAAAUUUAGUUCUCACUGCAUUAAAAAACCUUUUCUUGCGUUUUAAUUUCCUUUGAGUAACGGAACUGAUGUGCGGCAGAUUAGCAGGAAUAAAAGUGCCUCAUAGGCCUCAAGUUGAGACGAUGGCCGUGGCUCAUAAAUUAUAUUAUGACCGUUAGCUUUAUCAGAACCAUACCUUCUUCGAGUGGUGGACUGGGUUAGUGUCUCGCAAUAUACUGGAGUUUAUUCACGCUCGCUGAACGCCAUGGUAACGGAAGGCAUCUUUGGCGAUAUCGGUAAGAACCUUGUUGUUUAUUGCUUCCGUUUUCGGUCGCCAGAUUGGCCGCUGUCUGAGUUUAGUGGCCAUCCUAAUCACCAGUCGUCGGCACUUCUUAGGAGUUGCGAUGGGCACAGAGUAUUCUUGUCGGAAGUUUUUCCCACACCUUACCACCUGGGAUAGUUCCGUGGCCUGUCUAAACAUAAAACUGCAUCACAAAAUAAACGCACUUCAAGAAGGAAAGUUUGUGACCAAUAUACUCUUUGGCUGAUGGCCAAAUUUCCCCGUCUUUUUCAUAGUUACAUUCGGAGGGAAGAGGGCUGAAUGCGUCCUGAAUAGUCUUAAUUCGCACAUAAUGGUAUUUCUGGGUGUAACGACAAAUACACUCGUCUUUCUUGUAGACUUUUUUUGGUGCACCUUACUUGUUUCUAGAACCUGUUCCAUCGUUGAAGAUUCGCCACAGAUUGACCUGACUAACAUCAAACAAACUUGCUAACGUCUCAUGCGACAGCCGUCCGGCUGCUUAUUUCCGUUUACGUUCCACAUCGAUUGUCGACGGAAACUGUGGCCUGAGGUGCGACAUAGAAAAACGACGGCAUAUCGCGGGUGCCCCUUUUGUACUUAUUUAUGUCCUUUGAUACGCAGUGCGGUAGAGAAUAAUUAUCGUCAAUAAGUUUAUUGCCGCGUCUUACGGCAACACGCCGUCAUUUGGCAAGUCCACAUUUUUACAGGUCAAUCCAUCUCUAGUAUCUGAAAAAUAAUGCGAUUUCUCAUACUUGACCUCGCCUGAUUUGGAUGGAGGCAGAAUCCGAUUUUACGGGUCUUGUUCGGACUUGGCGGGAACUUUUCUUACUUAUAUUAGUGUUCGUUUACAGCAAAAUGCGCACAGACAGACGGUCUUAGUUUGUAGUACUCCGCAGCACAAGAAAUUACUUAUAUAUCAGGAAACGUUCAAUCCUUCCCACAAUGCGUUGUUUUUUAUUCAUAAAGAACCUUGAAUUGAAUCCGUAAACAAAAUACUACUAAGACUCCUUGUGGUGGCUGUCUGUCUAAGUGUUUUAUUUCUUAUGCAUUAUUUGGUCUUUAUUUUUCUAAGUCUGUCGCAAAUCCUUGCCACAAUCCUUUCCACCUCGCCCCUCAAAUUCACCGGCAUCGCCUCCCUGGAAAGACUACUUAGAUCUCAGCUAUUGGCAGGCUGUCACGUUUAGUUUCUAGAAUGGGUCAACAUUUUUGAAACGCCGUCCCAUCAGUUGUAUGCCACUGACUGGCCGUGCCGUUGUCUUUGUUCGACGUUAGCCUGGGUCGGUCUUUCUAAAGGGCUGCCUCUUUUUUCCCAUAAUUGCCUGUAAUCGCAGACUAAGCGUAUUUUUCGUCAUUUUUGCAGGGUUCAUACGGAUGCAGGAUCUUCUUUAUGCGUUUACUAGUCCUUCGAUCAUGGAUGUAAAAUUGGGUCAGCGGACUUUCCUUGAAGAAGAAUUUGUUGCUGAUCAUUCAUUUACUUCAAAACCUCGACCGGUAGGUUCUGCUAAUAAGAUCCUUUUUUAGUGCUGUUAUUUGUUUUCGCUGAUGCCUUGCUUUGCUAGGGAAAGUGAAUCUUGAGUUAUUCACCCUUUCCGCCUGCACAGAACUUCGACCUGCCUGUUUGUUGCUAUCUAGCCCUGACCACUCUGAGGUCGACCGUUAGCGGGCUCACGUGAUCUUUGUUCCCUUUGCGGUCGUCGUAGUCGUAUCCAACACGACCUCGUUAGCGGGUGGACCGAUGAGUCGUUGCUGCUUGUGCGAGUUGCUUUCGGCCUCGCGGACAGUACCGCGCUGGUCACGUGACCUUCGGCUGGACUAUGAACUUGAGGUUUCUUUGAACGCCUUACGUUCACCGAUUAGGUUACGGUAAAUGCUGGUCCCGUUGUGAUUUGGGACCCAAUCAAGAGCCUUUGCAGGCAGUCACACAGCGACUAUUCUGCCCUUCUUUAUUCAUUCCUGGCCCCAACCACUAUCUGACAACAGAAUCGCCGACGGCGUGGAAGACCUUCCUAUGGCUCUUCUCAAAGGACUACGAGGAAGCUUAAGAACACACAGAACCUGUGAAGUGCAAAGAAGUCGACAUGGUCUCUGGAGCAAGAGCUUUGUUAACCUGACGUCUCGGAUUGUCACUCAAAUCCACCGUCAGAGACAGAGUCAGAUAAGAGUAGUGGGUUGCCCAGGUGUUGCAGUAUUUAUAGGUUGUACUUACUAAGCCUCUGCAUGAUUAUCGCAAUCGGCAGUUCUCGAGUGCAUCACGGUCCGACCGGCCAGGUGCUGCUGUAUGCAGUUGUCGCGCAGUUGCUAUGCGCCUGUGUGCCGGUCAAGGCUAUCGGCUCCCACGCCCAUCGCACACAGUCGAGUUGCUGACUGCCGAAUUUUGUCAUCCGUGUGGACUCUUGGGCAAUUUGGCUCGCCGAAAUUGACACCGGGGAUAGUGGUCAUCUGCAAGCUCUCCUCGUGGCCAACUACGUUGCCUAGGCAGUCUCAGCACCGAAUAUGGAGCGGGUAGAUCGUUGCGCUUGUUGAUGGAUUGAGGACCGAAAAACCAUGCCCCGAACAGUUCGCGGAUCACGCGGUUGUCGCCUUUAACAAGAAUUUCUGCUUCGUCAAACUUGAAUGCGUGGUUGGGUCCCGUCGAACGAGCCUUGGCCAAAGAGAAUCCCGUUAAAUAUAAAGCUCCUCCUCUGUUUACAUACAGAGACCCCUGCAGUCGUCUCCUGACCUGAAAUACCUGACGUCCAAAGGUUCUGAUAUCCAAUUAUGGCGACCAAUGUCAACUUGAAAAAGUAGACAGUUUUCAAUAUUUCGGAGCAAGGCUGCUGCUCAAUUGCCAGAGUAAAGAUGACAUUGUCUCCCGAAUCGAUGCUGCCCUACGGGUUUUCUCAAACCUUAGAAAAUGCCUAUGAAUCGGACGCGACCUUACCAUCGCCACUAAGAUUCGCGUGUACCGUGCAUCUGUCCGGUCGGUCCUUCUUUAUGGUUGUGAAUGCUGGACUGCGUGCGUGGAGAACGAGCGAAAACUGGAGGUAUUUGACCACCACUGCUUGAGGACCAUCCUUCGAGUGAACUACACCGACUUCGUCUCAAAUGGGACAGUCCGCGCUCUCUGCGACAACAUCGGAAGGAUAAUCCAGGCCAUCCAAGAAAGGCGACCGAGGUGGUCGGGGCAUGUUCUUCGUCGUCCACCUCAGGAGCUCAGUGUUACUGCCCUCGAUCCGGCACCGUUGCCCUAUUGGAGGCGUCGAAGAGGGGGUCAGUUCAAAACCUGGCUCGACACAUUUCGUCAAGACAUGGAGGUGGUUUUUGGACCUUCAAUAUUCGAUAUCCGUCGUUGGCGGAGAGAAUGGGUCGAACUGCCCAAAUCUGCUGCCGCGGAUCGUCACGCGUGGAGAGGUGCAGUUGGGGACGUCAUCGAGGCUGGCAAGAUCAGGCGUGAUCGCAGCCCUACCAAGUACAAGUAAGCAUCAAUGUCGCCACUGCCGUCGCACACGAUGAAUUCCUGGACUGGCGAAUGGCGACGUCCACCUUGUGUGCCACGAAGUGGACACAGGACCCUGAAAUGCGUAUGAAUUAGUUUAUAGUGGGGUAAACUUGCGCAGUACUUACCGCCCUCCCUCCUCCGUCAUCCUCAUUGCUUCAAUGACACUAGCGUCAAGGCAACCUGAGGUGCGCCCGAGCGCAAUGGCUAACAAAACCAACCAGCUCGUCUACGUGUGUCACGCACGACCUUGUCCUUACAGAGUUAUGUAAGGGCAACUUGGAUCUCAUCAGUGAGAGUGCCAUAAAGGUCAUAUUAAGAGGGGUUCAUUGCAGCCUGGCUCAGUCCUGAAUUAUCAACCAACCAUUGAUAAGCCUGAGCGCAGUGGAUGAUAUGGCGUGAAGGUGUACAUUGAAAUGCGCCGUGAGCCAACCUGACCUCGUUUUGAUUCAGCGCAGCCGGUUGUGGCAGCAGAACCGCCAACCUGCGCACGCACCCGACGCAGCUAAUCCAUUACCCGGGUCUACUCGAUGGGUUAUUCGCACUUACUCGAAACGAAAUUCAUCAGCGUCUCCCCCACCUGCCAUUCUGUGUCGCUUCAGCUCGGGUACUUAUUCGUGUAGGAACGGGCACAUGGCCCUAUCAGUUUCCAUGGGUAAACGCAAAACAGAUUGGUGGAUGUCACGAACAGGCAACUAGUCUCCAGGCCGAACUCAGCCAAGUUAUGAUAGCCGAGGAUGUGGUGUCAGACAUCAAAAUCUUUUCCUUUUGCUCCCAAAUUGUGGUCAGGGCUGUGCUUGGCUGUUUAAAGACGGAAUAAACCCGGAACGAGUUCCGUGAAAAUUCUAGAUGACAAAAACGUCCAGCAGCCUGAAGUCGGUAAGAGAUUGAGAGAUCGUAUCCAUGGGGCAAUUAGUGAAGAACUAAACUACCAGGUGCUGUCGCGAGCUUUAUCUUGCCUAUUUUAGAAAUCGUCCCUCAUAGUUAGGACGAGGAUUAUCCCAAGUCAGGGCGUCAAGGCUUUGAGGGUAGUCUGCUUUUUGGUAAGCUAACGGGACCGGCUGCUGUCUGCUGAUUCAGUCAGCCGUUUUAGAAUGCAUACCACGGGUCAAUCUCAGGGUCACACAUAUCGAUAAGCUGUGAGAUCGCGCGACUAUAGGCUUACAUUCUGAUCACGCAAGUGUGGACUGACAAGGCCGGAGUGAAUCCUGCGGGGCUGAGCGCUUGGCGAUAGCAGGAUUAGAUCAAUAGCGACAGGCCUUCGUCAUGAGAUGCCACCGACUAUCUAGUGAGCACGUUGUUGCGGCCUUGGCGUCGACCGAUAGUUUGGUGUAAAGAAGUUAGUGUAAGAAUUAAUAUUUCAAAACAUAGUUUUUCCUUGGCAGUUGGGAAGGAAGGAAGUGUUAAGUGCCUCAGAAUUUUUUUCUUCAUCAUGCUUUUGAGAUGUCAGAUACAAGGGAUAGUUAAGACAGAAGGACCUUUGACCGCCACACUAAAACAUACUAAGUACCUCUACGGACUGCUAAUAAUCACUAAAUAAACUGUGGCAAGUCUCACCAGGCAAUUAACGAAUCAUGAAUACGAUUGUUUGAACAGGGUCUUUUGAUAAAUUGCUGCGUUUAAUAAUUUCAUGUACAGUCUGUCCAGAAUUACAAGGGCUCUUGUUUUGACAAUUUGUGGAAAAGCGACCACGUGGCGCCUAGCGUAAUUAUUCACUUAGUUACGGAUAGUUUUUUGCAGGUUUUUGUGCUGCUGACCCCACGUGAGGCAUUAAUCAGUUUUUAUGUGUUUUGGACAUUUGGCACUAACCGUCCGGCUGCUUUUGAAAAAUAUCUUGAUUUUCUAACACCGGAUUAGCCCAGACUGUGAUUAAUUGACUGCCCUAAAUCCCCACACCAACCCUUUGCUUCUAUUGAGUCCUGGUGCGAAUACAUCCUUCCAGUGUAGGAGUUUGACCACUUGCUCGAAGAAUAUUAUCUUUAUUUCAGGCGUAGACGUUUGAAAACCACAUUCGAUACUACAUGUAUCACGACCAUCUACGACUCCCUGCCUUUAAUUUUAAUUUAGUGUUUUAAUAACUUACUAGUAGGACAUAGAUCUGUCUGUCAAAACAAGCCACCAUAGGGUUCCUCGGUUGGUUUCAUCAUUUCAGCCCAGAUUAUUUACGUUGACAGUUCUUCCGGCCAUCCCGUCCGUCGGCUGUUGAUUUAACUGCGACCAGCGACCCCUCUACUUCCUGUGCUGGUUUCAUUUCCAGCCUCCUUAAUUUUACUCCGUAAGGCGCCUGACAUUUGGAUCCAUUCUAUUUGGAUCGAUAGAUAACCUUUCAGACGUAAGCGUACAGGGAUCCGCACAUUCCCAGUGUCGUUGUCGGUUUACUCGUUACCUACCGAUGGGCUACUAUGCACUUGACCAUGGGACCUUGCGCUGAAUUGAUCCGACCGGUCACAAGUCAGCGUUGGGACGCCUGGCCUAUAAAACCCUGCAGGCGUGAUCAUUAAAUGCGUUUCUUCGAAAAUGUCGCUUUGCAUGCUCAACAAAUUUUAAUUUGGCAUCAUGGGCAUGUGACCGAGGCAUAGUUGUUUAAGAAGUAGCAUUUCCGGGGUUAGCGAAUCCAGCUUACUAGUAAUGGUCCUAGGGCGCUUUCUUCUCUUAGAUCUCUCUGGGCUCUCGCCUUGGUGUGGGUUUGAGAACAGGGCCGCGUCUUCGUUCGAGUCCGUUUUUUUCAUCUGAGAACCCUCAUUUUUAGCAGCAUCCGGAAUUCAUUCAUUUUUCAGCAAUGGAUUAAACAUGAAAGGCAAAAUAUCGGCUUACGGCGUCGUUGAUUAGGACAUGCUUUUAAACUUUUAUUUUCCGUUUACACUUAUUUUAAAUCUAUUAUUGCGGGCUCUCUUAUGCGAAUCUGACCUGCAGAUGUUUGCUCAUAUGUUAUCCUCAAAGAUAUGUCCUCCAUCGUUUUAGGACAUGUACGAAAAAAUGAUUGAAGUUGAUCCGAACGAACCAACGGCUGACGAGCACGCACAGCGAGCAGUAACCAAACUUCACUACAUGCAGUGGAGAGAAGCCCUCAGUUCCUCUUCCACCCUCGGAUUCAGAAUAGAGGGUAUAAAGGUUAGACGCCCGGAGAAAGCACUGCACUUUGAGACAUACUUUCGUUCUCUCCAAUAUUUCUUGCAGACGUUUGAGUGCCUCAAAACAGAGGUGGAAAUUAGUCUCUAGAAUGUAAUUAGGUGUCCAUCUUGUGCUCUGCUAGCGGCAACACCGGUUGCCUUAAUUGGAUAUCACAAUCUCUCAGCGACCUGUGCUUCAAGUUAGAUGACGACUGUAGGUUCUCUGCCUCCGAGUAGAGGAUCCACCUUUCCAUUACAAAAGACUUUAACACUGACUGACCCUUGUAGCAGACUUGCUGUCACAUAUUACACUAGCGGAGAAAAUUCUGCAGCAAAAAUCAUUUGCGAAAAAUGACCCACGUGUAAUUUUGAAAACCUUCCUGUCAGAGGUGAAGUAGAAGCCGUAUAUUCUAGUGAGUCAUAAGUAUGCCUUGAGACAUUCGGCCAGUAUCCUAAUAACUUUUCUUGGUUUUUCUCCCGGUCUGCGGCCUUCUUUUUAGGAAUAGGUUUGAGCUUGACUAUAUGUCCAAGAGAACCUAAGGUUACGUAACUUGCGCCCUUUAGUGUUCACCCUUUUUUUUCAAAUAUUGUGCAUCUUUACUAAGCAUAAUGAAGAUCCACCACUUCUGUCUUUUCACAUUCGGCCGACGUCGCCUACUGUCAUACCCGAGUUGCCUAAUUGUCGGGUGCAAAUACAGCCCGAUCAUCGUUGCCGACGAUGCCCACCGUGUGCUUCGCAGCAAGGUGAGAGUAGGCACGGCAACUUGUGCGUAGAUUAGUUUACAUUGGUAGUGCACUUACGUAGUAUUCACCGCACUCUCUCCUCCCCCACCUGGGCGCGGUGUAAAGACAGUUAAAAAACCGAAGGCGGAGAAGGCGCAGGUGGCUGGCACGGCUGGACCCGCACCUGGACCUGCCACCACACUCCGGUCCACAACCAACACUUGACCAGGCUUUUAAUAAGCAUCAAAAACUUAUCAGAAAGAGAGGGAUGGCAGAAGCCACUGGGCGACCAUGCACACGACCUGAGGGCAAAUGGAGGAUUGUUGCUUGUGCGCUUUUUCAGCUGUCUAUCUUUCGGUAGGAGCUCUGCCCUAAUAAUGGUAUAAAUUAACGUCAUCACGUGGCAACCUGUUAAUUUACGCCAUUUGCCAUUUGUUCACCCACAUGAAUCAAGUGAUUCUCAGGGUUACUGCAACGGAUCGUAGUCAGGGCUGACGGACAACUUUUUGUAACCUCCAACUCUACGCCAUUGGACGGUGUUAAGCAGUCGUUGGGGUCGCUAAGAGAACCCUAAAGCACGAUUGUCAAAGGUGUUUAAUUCGAAUAGAUCGUAUUACGAAGGCUCUUCCUUGCCGCCUCCAUUUACUUACGUGCAUUUUUGCUAAUCAGGUAUUGUGUGUUGUCUCGUACAGAACGGGAAUCAACUCGCCCGUUUCCUUUUGAGAAUCGAGUUUGAAUAUUCAUUACUCUGCCGGGCAACCUGUGUCACCUCUUGUGUACUGCUAGACUGUGCCCCUAAAACGGGUCACACGAUGGAUGCGCUUGAUGGCGGAAUACAUAUGAUCGCUAUCGUUACGUCAGUUUAUAUGCUCAACCGGUUUUAUCAGAUUCCCCCCAACUUCAUUCUGUUCUUAUUCUUUAGUCGUGGCGACAGUUGUAAACUGCCAAAACUACAUAUGUUCGGGUCUUACUCGACGGUUGGUGCUGACAACUGCAAUUUUAAUGUUCUGGAUAUUCGGAUCAUUUUACCAGUGAAUUCAACUUCUCCUUGAUGCCUUUGCUUAGGGACUAAAGAAUAUUCUUUGCAGUAAUAGUGGGGUGCUCACUGAUUGCAGAAACUGCGGUUGGGUAUGACCGACCAACGACAUCUAAUAAGCCAGAAUUGGCCACUCCAAUCUCACUUGUCUUUGUCAGUAAUGUUAUUCUACCAGUAUUCUUGGCCUGCGGCCCACUAUAGUUGACUACGUGCGCCUCAACUGGGGCUGCUGGCUAUGCUCCUAUGCCAGUGCGGUUGAAUAGGCAUAGACGGUAGCUCGUGGCAUUGAGGAGGUCUUUGAGGUGGUCCACAUCCACCCUUGUAGCUUGUGUCUCAAUAACGUGUAGUGUGAGCUGUGCACGAGUUUCUAUCCUCUGUUGACGCCAUGCAUCACGCGGCAAACUAACAGGAAGAUGGUUGGGGGAGCAUAGAGCGGCAUGUGGUCGACUUGAUACUUUGUAUACCUACCACUUGAGGACCAUUUCAUCAAGUGUCUCAUUGGAUUUUGAAAGCAGGCGGUUGAGACCUCCAAGUGAUUCGGCGAAAAUGAUAAGGCUCUUGAUGCGUCACGGGCCGUCCAGGCUCAUCGGGGUUACCGUCGCGGAAUUUCUAUCAUCGUAUUUUAGUCCUUUAGCGUACUUGAUGAGGAUGAGCACUGUCGCCCAAGUUUGUGGUACCGCGAGUUCGAGUUUUGACCACCCAUAUUCUGAGAUUAGAGGGUCCUGUGCACAGCUCGCAUUAUGUACACACACUAUCGGCUUGCACCAGUCAAACCAACUAGAGGCGUGAUCGGGAGCAGUGACUGACGUGACCUCAAGUCUUCACCAGCGUAAGUUGGUCCCUACGUGCACUCUCAAGAUGGCGCAACUGUGACUUACAUGGUUGCACGAAAUGGAAUCAAUUGUGCUCAUCGUCUCGGUCCGGAUAAGGUACCGGUGUGUGGAAGAUAAAAUAGUUAAGCCCCUCCAGUUUCAUUAUAAACAACCCAACGCGUUCCGAAACUAGUAACGGUGACUUCGAUGUUAACGAGCUGACGGGCUAUAAUGGCUGUUUAAUGUGACUUAUGACACUCAUUUUCAUGAAAUGUAAGACCCCGCUCUCCUCCCCGCCUGGAUUAAACCUGUUCAAUGUGGAGUUAACCACCGGCCCAUGUGGCACGCAUAGGCGGACUGUUUAGCGUUAUCAACCUCCGAUGAUUCCGAUUUUGUUGUCAGAGCAUGGUUUGUGUGGGGAAAGGAUGUGGAAUCGAUGCGUCGAAAGUCCGCAGCACGUGCAAGUAGCGACUGCACCCGCCUCAUAGGACAGUGAUAAGCCCCUCGUUUGCGAUUUUCAGGAAUGCAGUCCCGUGAUGACCAUCACGUCCGUCUAAUUGAGCCGGUAUUCAGGAAUGGCAGGUAGGCAGCAGUACAGUAAGUGGCUUAUAUCAUGAGAUCUUGACGUCAAGUGUGAAAUGAACUUUCUAUUAGAAGGACUUACUCAUGCGAGAGUGUAAUAUGGAUUGUCAUGUCGCAUAUACACAUUAUUUCUAUUAUGCCAGAUUGUCGGCUUUUGAGCACUCUUCUUCCUAACUACCUGCAGCAGCCACAUUCGUUAAAACACGACCACUCAUUUCAUCAAUUUUCGAUGUCCAUGUAAAUUCGAACAUACAUCAGGUUUCCAGAAAAUAUGCGUUUUAUAUUCAUUUGGCAACAGAUAACAGUUUUUUAAUUUAGCACCCAGAGAAAGGGUAGCUUUCGGCUUUAAAACAGUUUUUUUUCAGUUCUCAAAGAAUUUCGAACAUGCAUCUAGGGUUUCCAAACUUUCUAUCCCACAAAAGUCAUGCAGUGGCUGGCCUAUCUUAUGAAAUGUUAACCUGAAUUCUCAGAUGUGUUUUUGGUUAAGAAGGCUUACAUAGGCGGAGUUUCAAUACUGAUUAUCGUACAGUGUAAUCCUAAGACAUUUCGGUCACGUCGGGGUGCUGGCUCUAACUGAGCCUCCUUCCGGUAGCCUACAAAAACUCCACUAAGUAGAAAAUAACUAAUUCUCAUGUAAUUUUCCCACUCAGUCCGAUGCCUCCAUAAAUUCGAAUAUAUUUUAAAAAGCCGACCUUUUAUAGUGAUCAAAAUACCUUAGGAUUAUGCCACACGGUAGUCGAUAUUGCAACGCCACAUAAGUAAUCCAUUCUAACCGAAAGCACUUUUUUGAAUUUUAGUAAAUAUUUCGUGGGAUGGACCAGCUACUGCAUAUUAAUAUAUGCUACUAAGAAGAUACUGUUUAAGGCCUGUAAAAUUUCGCCAUAGAUAUGACCCAUGUUGUUUACUUUAUAAGGGGCAUUAAUAAAUGGAUAUGAUGCUAGUUGACUGAACGCUUAAUUAUCUCAAAAAUCUCAUAAUUGUUAACCUUUUAGACCCUAAAGGUACCCUUUCAAGCAUUAAAUUUAAUGAAUACGCAAGUUACUACAAAAUGAUCAUAGAAAGAAUAUUUUUAGUACGAAUCGGUGGAAAAAGGACAUCACUUCAGUAGUCACCUUUUGCUAGACGUGGCUGUUGAGAGCGGCUGAGAAGAAGCGCAGUCAAUAACUGGCAUUUUGGAGUGAGAACUAACUUACUUUAUGCGGCACGAUAAUCAAUACUGUACCUAAGUAGUCAUUUUUGAUCCAAAAAAAUUUCAGAAUUUCGGUCGAUAUUUCAUGAGGUACGCCAUUUACUGUGAAUGCUCUUAGGGCAUUCCCGCCUGAUACUCUACACGUUAUGGACUGACAAAAAAAUCACCUACACCAAACAGUCAGGUUCGGUGCCGUAAGUCCAAGAAAGAUCUCUGCAUACCCGUGCACACUUCGCCGUCUAAUCUUAUAAGCAGACCGACCAGCGUACCUAUUAUUCAACCCACCGGUGAACACCCGGGUUACUGGGUUGCGACGAACGUCGUAACAUCUGUCGGUAAGGGAUCAUAAACGUUGGCUGUUGUCGCAUAGGCCUUGGGGUUCAGUACAAAGUGCGUUGAUCACAAUUGAACGUGGCCGUUUGCCGAGUGCCAGGAUGGUGUCAUGAGUGGGCUGAGAUUUUGAAGGGAAGGGCAGUUUAAUUUACUUCAGUCUUUGUCGACCCUUCUGUCAGUACUGCCGAUUAUGUGGGGCUGCUUAUUCGCCAAGUCCCGGAAAUUUUCCGUCUCACUGCCACUGCUUACCGAGAACUCUUCCGUUCUUCUAUAGCUAUGAAUGCGCAGGGUAGUUAGUAUCGAAGACAGCAGGCCGGACCCUUCUUUCCGGUCCCCCUUUGGUUGAGUACGUUUCCAGCAUCGCGUGCUCGUUGUUAUGUUGGUAUCCCUAAAUUGAGCCAGUGACACUCGCAACGGGCAAGCAGUCAGAGCGACCUCCCCACUCCCUGCAGUUUUAUUUUUUUGUUGGCCUUCCAUGCUUUCUCACUUUGCUUGCCUUGUUAAAUUAACAUAGGGCAUGCCACCUCGCACAGUGAGUUAAUCUUCUUGUACUUAAUUUCUGACACAGAAAUAACCGGCCUGCCGUUUUUGCUUUGCGCUGUUUAACCCUGUAUUUCUAAUCGUCCUUGACCUUCUGACUAGCCCCUUAUGAAUCGGGUCACAAUAAUGUCCAAUCUCCCCGCCCUGCAAAUCAUUGUCCCUAACAAACCUGACACGUGCUCUUUCUACUAACCAGAAAAACCUAAAUUGGCUCAAACUAUUGCGGCUGGGUUAUUCGCACGGUCAAAAUGUCUGUCCCUAGACGGAAUCGGACUGGUGUCCUCCUGAGGACUUCCGUCUGAGUUGUUUUCUGUGGUACCACCAAAUGCGCGUGUAUUAAAUUCCGUCUGUUAUCGACUCCACCCUGUCUGACGACACGUUUUUAGUCCUACGAGUCUUACAUUAAUCGUAUUCUGAUGUGUGUUGUCAAAUAAAAAAAAAAUACUUGCGUAUGGCCGAAACAUCGUCAAGGAUGUUACGUAGUCGCAGUUCUUAAUUGAUCUCACCACGGUAGCUCUCGGCCUCACCUAUGGCAAUUUCACUCGGAAAGACCGACCAUUUCAUUUAAAUAUAUUAUUUUCGUUCAGUCAAAUUAGCCUUCCUAGAAGGGGUAGUAAAAAGCUCCUUCCCUGUCCUCGUGUAAACUGCACUUCCUUUAGAUACACUCGUUGGCUUAUUUUACUUGAAAAUGUCCACCAUUGGCAUGAUUUUCGAAUGGCAGUGCUUUGUGUUUUCCUAGGAUUUUCAUCUUGCCUGAGAGUUCUGAGAUCGCCUUCAUUGCAACGACCUCAGCCUUGUCAUGUGCUUGCCUAGUAGCGGUUUAAAUUAAGUUUCAUUUAGUUCUGAACCCUGCUGUCGCCCUGAUCUUCAUCUUACUGUCCGAAAGUUGAUGUGUCUUGGCCAAACGUCUUAUUCUAAGUGGUUUUAAUUAACCCCCUGAUAUAUGACUGCACGCAUGUUCUAAGAAUGGUGGACCUUGCCACGCCGAAAUAUUCCGUCUUUGGCCACAUUACUUACCGCUAAAUUAGGCUACGGGUAACAUCAUACAGUUAUCUCGCUAGAUUUUAUAAUAUCCAACUAAAAUAUCUACGUGUAUAUUGCGAUUAGAACUGUGUCGACCUGUUUCCAGAGCUUCUAAAUAAUUUCUGAAGAAGUUGUCGGUUGACAACGUAGUAUAUUGUUUUCUGUUAAAAUAGUGGAAAAUGAACCGUUUCUUACUUCCUUACUGAAAAGUAUAAUUAGUAAGGUUUCCCGAUAUGAUAGUCGUUGGUUGGUUGUAGAAACUCGACACCAGGUUAAGAACAGUGGAUGAUCCGAUAGAAGAAUUGCUGAAAUCCUGGAUGUUCUGCCGAUUGUUCACUGUCGAAGCAUCCAUGAUUGCCCGUGGUCGAUGUCGUUACAUUUGCUGUGACCACCCUAUCUUGGCGUAGGAUCUUGUUGGAGCUCGAUAGCGUCUGAGAACUGUGCCUCCCCCCCCGUUGUCAGUUGCUCUAUCUUCGAACAGCCUCAACCGAGGAUAGCCAUUCCUCGAAAGUCGAAAAUGUGUCCACUUUCUGCUAUCUUCUCUGCAACUUGUGCUUCAGCCUCCAUACUCCUUCAGGCGCGUCAGCUGAAGGAGCUUAACUGCAUUUCAGAUCGAGGUAAAUGUAUUAGGGUCGCAUAGAUGAACCGCACUUGGCAGCAUACGUAUGCGUUUUCAGCUCCGUUUCAAGACUUGGCGCAUACUGUAGAUUCUCUGAAAGGCCAACAUUCCCUAUGCAAAAGUGCAUUUUCUGUGGCCCUCACUGAAGCGGAAGGCACACUUUCUAUGUGCAUUGUGUUUUGGGACAACAAACGAGGCAGUUGGGUUAAUUAUAGCUAAAAUCGGAUCAUUCUGUUCCGAAAAUCUAUGAAUCCAGCAGUCGAGUGCAGAAUGUUUGUGAGUGACCUAUCACCUCUAUUUCGCCACCACGCCUACUUUAGAUCACUCUUCUACUAAGGUGUUUGUUAAAUGUGCGACUGGGACACUCCUAUAGCAAUCGAAUACUACUUUUUCUUUCUCGCACAUCCAGGGUUUUUUCAGUCUUUCGAAACUGUGCCUCAGUUUGUGACCUGUUUAAGAUAGUGCUAAUCAGUUGAGCACAUGUGAAUUUAGUGUAGACGUCCUUAUCAUGAGUUCACAAUACGCCAUCUGGGUACGAUUUGAAGAAACCUAUCAUUUUCUUACAUGUAGAGGCCCGUACAGAAAACAGUAGUAUUUUUAUUCAGGUGACAAGAUCCAACUUUAAGUGGACUUUAUUUCUGGGCAUGGGCUGCUCAAAUGUGUUGACUCCUGAAAAAAUAUGGUCUGAGAACUUUUACGACUUGGUCCGAUCUGAAUAAAUCACCUUUCGAUUCCGUAUAGUAAAUAGACUUCAUGUCGUGCGGAGUCAAUGUUCAGUUAUUAAUAUAUUGGCCUGUCUACCAGACAAAUUUUCAAUUUACCAACGCGUUGCUCUUGUCCCGUCGUUCUGGUUAAUGACUACUUGUGGUUUUGAUACUGCCUUCUGUGCCUUCGAAUCACCCACCUCCGCACCAUCUCAAUGAAACCAGGAACGUCACUGCAAACCCACACGGGAUUUCAAACGCCUGAAGUUGCGUUCGGACAUCAAAGCUUGCUUGAGCAACUUCACCGAGGGUUGCUUGUCUCUUCAGGUAUGUCCGCCUUACCCUACGUGCUUUAUCACCUAGGUAAUCCCCUUCUGUGGGAUCCCAGCCCCCCUCACUCCUUUUGUUGCAUAAAAUCCAGAUCAGUGUGUGUGUUGUGGACCAGAAGGUGUGUUCGCACGCCAAGGUGCGGGUUUGCGCCUUGCCAGUUACCUGGGUCCUCUCCUGCCACUGAUCUUCUUGGCUGUCUUGACACCGGGUUCGGGUGGGGGAGGUGGAGGGUGCGGUGGAUGCUACGAAAGUCGACUGCCACUUUAAACUAUUUCGAGCGCAAGGCACCGUUCUUGCCCCCACCCUGCUGUGGAGCACACGCUGGACAUAGUUGGCAACGACGGUCGAAUUGUCACAUUUUUUACGCUCCUGCUAAGGCAUCGAAUGUCGCGUCAGUUGGCGGUCCUCAAAACACGCCGCUAACCCUCUUGCAUUCACCAUUAUGGUCCUACCCCUAGAGUUUGUCAGUCUCCUUUUGCCCGCUGGCCCGAUAAAACAGAACUGACUGCGGUCGGCCCGCUUUUACUUCUUGGAUCCAUUCCAUAACACUCGCUGGCGAUCGCAUAACAACGAGCCCUCGGUAUUACUGGGUCAUCUGAAUGCUACCUGGCAUUUUACUGCCAUCAGCUGGAAACAACCUCUUUGAGGUUUUCCUACUUAUUAUUGGCUGACUGUUCAUUUUGUGCACUCAGGCAAUCAAUUGCAUCGUCUACUUUCUCCUCCACCACCCAAGGUGCACGUGAUCUUCGCUGUUGUCCUCACCUAUGUGAGAGGCCUAACGGUGCUUUUAUUUUUCCUCGCCUGCGAUCACAGCACAAGUAAUCUUCCUUGUGCGCGAUCUUGUCUCGGCGGUUUUUUUUACCCUCCCAAAAGCCCCAUAAUCCAUUCCAGGCAGAAGACGGCUGAAUAAAAUGUCUACUUCUACUGUUGGAACUCAUUAGAAACAAGAUGCAGCCAUGAGAAUCACACGUUUGUAAAGCGGUCGCUAGUAUUUAUCAAAUAUUUUUGGGCAGAUUCUUCGGUCUGUUCCAAGUCGUGACCUUUUGAACUGGGGUAACAUUGUUUUUGCAAGCAGAACUUUUUUCAGAUUCCUAAAAGUGCACCUUUUCUGCUGAUCGGCUGUUGUCGGUUUCACUCGGUCCCGAAUCUGACCUAAGUAAUCGUCGGUCGGUAGUGGCGCAAUCCAGAUGAGUGCAGCGCAAUCGUGUAGGCGCAACUUCACUGUAAAACAAACUAGAGAAAGCGUGAAGACGCAGAAACGCCCUUCAUUCGGGUCGUUACCACUGUUUAUAUCACCUUACUUGACAUCGUGCGUGUUCACUUUUUGUGAGGCAGUUACUUCCGUUUUAGUUCUAAAUUAAGGGUUUGUUAUGCCAUUCCCCUCUCACUACCUGGCAGCAUGUCUUUUUUCACUCUCACACGCUUAGUCGCGACGCUAUUGGAGCCUGCUUGUCCUUUCAUCGUGUUCCUUCGUGUUGCUUCUUAUUCUCUAGCUGCCUUAUAUUCAAGCUGUCUAGUUUUAAAACAUUUGCACUACACGGUUGGGUUUGUCUCUGAAAAUGUAAAAAUGGGCUGAACGCUGUCAAUAUCUGCUUAGUCGUCGGGCCCUACGAACUACACCGAUUGCCCGUCAAACUCUAAACGGGGCAUUUUGGUGAAUUACACUCGCGAGUCCCGCCUGGGUAGCCAUAGGCAGGCUAACAGGCGAGGUCGGCUGCGGUGGUCCGUUCUCUUUGCAUAACGUAUCUUCCAGUCCUCUCAUCUCUCAGCCAAACGGACUGCGCGGUCAAGGCCACUGGGCCGUAAGGAAAGCAAACCUCACUUCAUUCGGAUGCUGGAGGCAUUUCACAGUCCUUGCCUUCCUCAUAGCAACUCAAAUAUUUCUUUCUUUCGAAGCCAUAUAGAUUGAAGUUGUUGUUAUUCCACGCAGUUUGAAGAAAGGCCAACAAUGCGCUCUGGGCGCAAGCGUCCGCAGUGUACUGACGUCCUACUCUAUCCGGAGAACUGUUCAACAGGAUGUUUUUUAUUGCUAAUGCUGGUGUGAACACCCUCGUUUCAUAUUGUCAGGAGGGCAGAUCAUGUUUGAGGGUGGUGACCAUACAUAUCUUCGAACUGCGUACCUACUGGCCUCUCGAGUUUACUCAAUCCCCGUCUGUUCGCUUUGUUUGAAAUGCCAAGUCGGAACAUCUACAUUUUUUGAUUGCUCAGGAUACUGUCAAUAGGAUUAAAAAUCGCCUCCUCCAUCUUUAGUCGCUGCGUCUUCACAUAGUUGUGGUGGAUGCACCCAACCGAUCGGAGUGCUUAGGGGAGCUGUUUAUUGCCUGCACCUGCCCCAGAUAUGUUUUCUCUUGUUGCUGCCAGUCGAUAAACCUAGCAUCUACCCACCACGUCCUGAUCAUUCAAGAGACCUUCAAGAGCGGGUUUGUUGGUUUGUCAGCAAAGUAGAGCAAAUAAACUAAUUUCGUCAGUUUAUCUUCAACCGCGCCCUUGUUGUGGCCUUGGUUCCUGUCUUUGUCGGAAGCAUCAUCAUCAACCAGCCUUACUUUCCUUUUACUAGACUCUCGGUAUUUCAUUUGCAAGGGAGUAGUAUCUUGCACUCGUCAGUCUAGCUCAUCCAACGGCAUUAAGUAGCCAGUUGAGCUUCCAGUUUUGGUGUGGGUAGUGCCUUGCAGACUGCCUUUUUCCCAUGUGACCGCCUCUUUUCCUUAUUUUAGACAAAAUAUCUGCGUAGGCUGCGCUCUCUCCUCAAGUCGCUUGACUCUUCAAGCUUCUUCAGGCGGCACGAGGUAUGAUUUAACCACAUCUCCUUCAUUUCCUCGCUACGCUUAGACGGUUUUUGUGACCACCGCACGUUGUUAUUGCCGUCUAUGGUUUUGUCAGCACCAUUCAUCCUUUUUUGGAAGGUCCUUUUACGCCUAGACAUUUUUGUUUCUUUACUUAUUGUGCGUAGUUGUGGAGUUGUUCGCACCGAACACUCCCUCGGAGUUUUGACUAAUCAUCCUUUGAAUUAGCCACCUGUCGAUAGAAACAAGGAGGCGAGUUACAAAAAGCGACUCAGAAGAAAAGGGUUUGAUCGCCAGUUUAGUGGCCGGACUUUUCGGAUCCUUGCACGAACAUAUCAUCGGAGAAGGUCGCGAUUUGGGUAAUGGGGACACAAGGAACGCAACAUUUAUGAGACACAGUUACCAUGCCUACCAAGAUUAGCAGCUCCCGCUUUCAUCGUUGGGGCUCGUAUUUGAUGCGAUGCUCGUUUGCGAGUCCGCAUCCGGUCGUUUAUUACCGGAACUUCAUCAGCGUUGUUGUUUCUUGGUUUAAUAGUGACUUAGCAAUUUGGCCCCCUGUCAGUGUAGCUGUUAGUGGCUAACUACUCUACCCAGGCAAAAUCUGAGCACAGAAUGUUAGGGCGGGAGGUCAUUUCGCCUCUUAAUCGACUGCGGGCCGUGGAAUACUGACCCAAGCAGUUUACGGCUCACGUUGUUCUCAUCUCAUGUGAGAGGUUUGACCUCAUCACACUUGAAGGUGUUACCGAAUGCUGUCAAAUCAGCCGCGACCGGAGAACUGACAUCAUUUCUCACUGCCGCAUGUUCGGAAUUUUCUCCCGGAGUAAUCUCCUAAUUUCUUUAACGUAGUUGUUUUGUUCGCAAAUGCACCAGAUCCGAUAAACGGUUCCAGAAGUUUCCUGCCGUGGCAGCGGGUCCAUGGGCUUCAUGACCUAGCACCACGUGAUUGCCUUCGAUCUGCGUGCAACUCCAACUGCAUGUGGUGUGACCAUUCGCGUCCGGAGUAGUUUUGCGGUUUCUCCGACGUAUUUGCAUUGUCCACAACUUCACCGGAUCCGUGUAGGACUCUAGACGUUUCUUGUCGUUGCAUUGGGCCUUUCAGUCUCAUUACUGCGUGCCGGAUACUUGCCUCUGGUCUGUUUGUGUCAUGCAUACUGCAAUUAUUGUUCCUCCGUAAAACGUAUCAGCGACUGUUUUUGACGAUGCGUUAGCAAGUUGGUCCGCAUCUUCAGGUCAAAAAACCUUUUCUCCCAACUAUCUUUACUCCCUUUAUCGGUGAUCCCCACAGAAGUAAUCUGUCACCGGCGUGAAUAUAUCCUGCCAGUCUGUUGUGUAUGCACUGAAGUCGGGACCGUCCGUCAAUGAAAAAUCGGUUCGAAACCCGCAUGCCACAUUUCACAAUUGACGAUUACGGGUGCGCAGGGUCAUCAACGUGACGUCCCCAUUUUGAACGAUCAGACGGGCGUGACUAAUCUUUCGAAAAUUUUCCACUAAGCCUACAUUAGCUAUCCCCACACCGUAUUGCAUAACCACCCCCUUCAGCAAUCGUAACGUAUGCCGUAGCAUAUGGCUCUCCAGAGUGGGAUAGUCAGUUUUAUGCGUUGACAGCUAAAGAGAGUGAUCGUUCAAUUUCGCCGCCUACUUGGCGCAUUUUACUCUCGACUGGUUUCACGACACCGUGCUUGAAACAAUAACCUUAAUUCUGCUAACCUCCUCGACUGGCGGGUGAAACUAGAAGCAACCGCCGUCUCUCUCCAACCCCGUGAAUUUGUAUUUGAAACCAUAUUUACUUUUGAGGGAAAGCAUCAGUCACGUUUGGUGUGCUUGGUGAGACUUUUAUGUCUGGUCAGCCAGUCCUGACAACCUUCGUAAUUUCACUGACAGUCUCGUCAAGUGAACGCAAUGUGCCUGGAGCGAGGGUUGUUUCGACGUUGUACGUUUCUCUCUCUCCCACACCAUAGCCAAGUCCCCGCGCAAUCCGCCACUGCGCCGGCUGAGCUAAUUCACACCGCGCAUUGUCUAGACGGCUAUUUUUGUUUACCUCUGUUGCCACUUUUUUUCGCAUCGUUUGUCCAGGAAGCUUGCCGUUUAAACCCAACUACCUGCGAGCGUCCAUUUUCGAACUGUGAUAGAAGCGUGUGCAGUUUGGACUCCUGAAGAUAGCUGCGGGUUAAACGUACCUCGCAUUAUCUUGCCGAAACACCAACAGAAUAGGGACCGUCCACAGGAAAAAAACAGUGUAGUGGUCAUAACUAUCGAUCGUGUAUUUGACAAGCCUGCAAAAAAAGCAAUUUUAACCAUAGUAAUUCGUUUAGACUGAUCGUGAAAAACUCGGCGGCCUAGGUGGGAUUCGAACCUGUGACAGCAAUGGCAAACCUUGCUGACAAAAACACCUAUUAAUUAUAAUGUUGUUUAGUAGUGGUAAUAAUAGUAAUAAUAACAGCGGGAUAAGCAGACUGCGCCCCGUAACAGUAUCCGUUCAUGGGGGUAGCCGUUCAUUGAGCGGCAGUUUAUCCGGUAUGGAACGUAGGACUGGGGAAUCGUGCGAGUCAGGGCCAGGGAUUCUGCUGCUGGAGACUGCUACGAGAGAAUGGCCGACGUGUUAUUAUCUUCACUGGGGCAAGAAAUCUGGCCAACCCACCUUCGCUUGGGAAACUGCCAGACUAGUUCUAGGUACCAAUUAGUUGUUUCGAGGUCAAGGUCACUCGGCCGUCCUGCGGCAAAACACCCUUAAAGCGGGCUUUCUCACUUCUGUCAGGCCCUCGAGGAAAUUGGCAAAGUCCAGGUCAGUAAACAUCCUUCUGUGCAGAUUCGCCACCCCUUGGUCAACUGACCUAGUUUAGUGUGUCUCUUUCCCUAUACUCUAGCCCUCCGCCCUUCCAUAUUCCAGCCGCUGCCCACCUAGGCUCGAGAGUAGGCAAGACGGGAUGCCAUAUAGAAUAAGGCGUGCAUUUCCCAUAAGCGCGUGCCGUCUUCCCAUCCGACGAAACUGCGCAGAAACGGAACUAAAUUGUUCAUCGAGCGAAGAAAUAGUGUUUCCUUUUGCUCAUUAGUAUUUUUCCUAUUAUGAUAGUGUUCAUCGGCUUUGGCCUGAAAUUCUUGAUCGUGCCGUUCUCAGAUAAAUAAGCAAAUGUGGCCACAACGAAGUUGUUGUAAAUUCGCAUUUUGCGACUAACCAGUUUCCGCGCAUGUCUAGAUGUGACUUCCCGGUAAAAUAACCGCUUUGUUGGUUGUUGCUAAUAACCGUUGCCUUAGGCCUUUCGAGUAGUUUGCUGAUUCCUGCUCUGAAGGGCUUCAUUGUCCCCGACUCUGUGAUUCGCUUCGACUGGAUGUGCGAAAAUAGAACUCUAAACCGACCUAUUUUAACCUCUACCUAACCAGGCAGGUAUGUUUGCGUACUCUCUUUCAUAGACGCCUCGUCGUACAGCCAGUGUAUCCCGCUCCACAGCAGCAAAUGAAUAGACAAAUGCACCUCGGUGUAUGCUCACGCGCUGUGAAUAGCCAUUUCCUGCACGCAUCGAAAUGUGCUUUCCCGAUAGAAAACCUUCCUCGGUCCUUGGUUUCAUCCACAAAAGAGAUUGAAGGAAGUCUUUGUUAGCUUUAAUAGCUUUCCUUGGCUUCUUUUGCCAUUGUUUAGGCUACUUCCUUGACUUAGACUGACGAAAAAAUUGUUGUGGGAUAUGUUUUCGUUUUUGCUGCGUCCCGUGCUUAUUCUUCCCAUUUUGAUUUUUCGUAAGCAUGUCCGGCAAUUAUCAGUCUGGCCCAACUGACAGAAUAACUUGCUCCUCCCAAGCAGCAAUGGCUCCUCAACGUGGUCUCUAUGACACUCUCAGUCAAUUGGGAGUCAAUUCGCCCGUUUUUUCUUGUUCUCAUGGAAACCCGGUCCAUUGUGCGCAGACCAGGUCGUGUGUGGUUCGCGUAGGCUGGCCGUUUAACUUUGCCAUCUACUGCGCCCGAGGUCGUCCUGAUUCUUUCUUUUCGUUUGGUUUUGCUGAAUGGUGGAGGAGAGAAUGGGACAGAUGCUGCACAAGUCUGCCCUAGCCAUAAAGUAGUUCACCCACGAGUCACCGUCCCUACGCCCAGCAUGCUAUGGGGCACGCCGUCGACAUCGUCGUUCAAGACGGUCUAACUGACACCAGUCUUGUCCGAUUGGAGGGUGUAAUACGGACCACCCGCCUAACUUUGGAGUUCCAUUCUAUAGCCGUAGUGGGGGGUCAUGUCACGAAGCUCGUAAGUGGUCCAGAUUUUUAAGGGAGCCAGGUUUGUGAACUGUUAUUCUCGUUGCUUCUAUGAAGUUAAUCCACUUAAAUAGGCAAACCGGGUCUUAUGGAUUGUGUCGUCAACUCGCGCUCCUUCGGUUGCAGUUAGGAGUAUUCACAAUGACCUUAGUCAUACGCCUUCUGUCCUUCAGUCAGGUAACAGACCGGCAAACGCAAAUCCUAUGUCACUUUAAAUAUUCGCGAUUGAACCCGACAGGGAGUUUUCCCCGUGGCUAAACUGAUCGUAACGUCGUCGGCUCUUGUGACAAAAUGAACUUGGAUUCGAGUCCCAGAUCCUCCCACUCUUGCAACCGACUGUAGCCGCCUUACUACAGGAAAUGAGCCAGAAAUGGCUGUUCUAGUCCCUGCCAAUAGUACGCUUAGUCGUUAUUUCCUUGUGCUCAGUUUCCGAUAUUUGGAAUCCCAAAAGUACUGCUUGUGGAUAUGUGCAUCUCAGCACAUUGUUUGCCACGGUGAUGGCUUGACUGCUUACAUACUGUUGAAGUGCAGAUGUGUUUCUGCGUACGUUCAUCAUCGAUGUUUUACGCUUCACCCUGUCCUGACUUUGUGGGUUAAUUCGCUAAAGUGACGCUUGUUCAUAUGAUAACUUUAUCUGUCCCGCAUAGUUUUAUUUUUUGACUGGAGGUAUAUUGAGCUAGCUGUCGUGCUGUUGCACGAUGGUGGAAGCCGAAAACUUAUUUCAUGAUAAUAACCAUAACAAUGCCAUCAAAAAGUACAGUCUAGCCCUCUCCUUCUCGGCGGAAUUUUUAGGUUUUGCUGAUCAAUUGAAACCAACUUCAUUUAUCGACCGCUCACUUUAAACGUUUUGUUGAUGAUUCUAUCAUAAAUCGUGCCCACAUUAUGGAUCUGCCUGGCAGAUUAGCAUCGAAUCUGGGAAACCAAAAACUGAAAAUCAGCUGCGCUUUAUACGCUCCUAUAGCCAAUUUCUCAAUGUAGGUAUCCUCUUUGCUGCUAAGUACUUUCUUAUCUCCUAUUUUUAUUACCAGAACUCCUGCCAUUCAUCACUGUUUUUUGUAUGCAGAUGAUUGGGACAUCACUUCUCUUCGUUCAUGAUCAAACAGGCAUGGCCAACAUCUGGAUGAUUGACUUUGGAAAGACACAUACUCUCCCCUCCGGCGUCGAGAUAGACCAUCGCGGGGCCUGGAAACCCGGAAAUCACGAAGAGGGUUAUCUCUUCGGCCUGGAGAACCUAAUAUCCAUUUUUGCGGAGCUCAUCAGAGAGAGCACAGUCGCCGGCUGCUUGUCCCCCCUCCCAUUCUUCUCCGACAGCCCUUCUACGGGAGCGAAAUUCCCCCAAACAGUAGCCCGUGAAAUGCCUCCUCCUGAAAGCGCUUCGGAUAUUCCACUCAACCGCACUUUGCCUGUGUUUAUAGGCAGUAGCGAACUUGGGUGACACCAUUCGCAUCCUCUGCAAGCGCUUUCUUUCUCUGAAUGCUCAAAAUCCUAUUUAAACAUUAUUUUCCUCCAUUUUUGUGACCCCUUAUUUUCUCCCCUCUCCCUGACCCCUCUGCAAUAUGCAUUUUCCAGUGUCUCUGUACUUUUUGACAAGAAAAGAGCUUUGCACGCUGGUGUGGUCUCAUGAGACUCGAUAAAUGGACCUUUUCUUAUUUGUUUACGUUCGUAUUUUCAAGUUGGUCGUCAUUCCGUCUUGCCUUUUUCCCCGCUCUGAACCAGAAUUAUAGUAUUUUUGAAUGCCACUACUAUUACUACUACACUUUCAUCUCAUCUUUCUCAGUGCUUUACUGACGAGUCUUCGUCGUAUUCCUCUUCGUUGCUAGAUGCGAUUCGUGCUCCUGUUCAUGUUCGCACUUUGACAUUUAUCACAUGCGACUCGGGGCAUCGUUGAGAUCGCAUUGAAGUGGUGUGCGCCAAUCCGGUCUGGUCACAAAGACCAGUCGCGUAUAUCGUUAUCUGCUGUUUAACUUUCACGGGUUUCCAUCCUUUCCGAUGGAAAUCUUCCGAGUUUUGCAUCUGCCUCUGCAGUAGGCUAAUUUACUUCGGAUUGUUUCCUGUUUGAUUGAUCCCGAGUGGCGUGGGCAGACCGAGGAAGGCAUAUAGACCAAAAAUGAGAAUCCCAUGGUUUCGUCAGUACGGCUCUUUCAGAUUUGGGCCCUCAGGGUGUUUUCGGUAUGGAAAUUGAUUGACGGACACAGAGGGCCCUCUCUCCCGUUCAUUUCUUCGGCUUCGGAGUUUGCUGUUUGCGUAAGCAUAAUUAUUUUGGUUAUAGACGGUCAGCAAGGUUUUUUAUGUUAUUAACACUCGUUGGAAAUCGUGGGCAGAACACUUGUCGGGGGACCGAUUCUAAUCACUGACCCCUAUUCACGCCGGCUGCUCUGCCUCUUACCUAUGCCUGCCACAUCUGCAAGCUGUGGGAAUUGAUCUAUAUUUUAUUCUACCUGGUUCUUGCGGUCAGUUCGUCUUAUGAAUGGCAUGACGAGUGCCGGGUGUCGAAUCGAUACUAUUAUCGGCCGUUUUGCAAGUCCAGCUCGUCCCACGUGUCCGUUAGGGAGAUGCUGUCGUCUAAACUUCUAAAAUCCGACUGCAUUGGUUUGACAGUGAUCCCUGAUCUUUCCUUUAGCAUUCGAAGGCGGUUUCUUAGUGAAUCAUGCGGAUAUCAGCUGGCUAUGAAGUCCAGGAGUAUGGGACUUUUUCAGUCUUCAUAAUACUAUCUAGGCACGUGACUUCAUCAUUUUUGAUAUACCUCUGGUCAUCACGUACAUUUGUGGCCGGAUUUGAUUUGCUAAGAAAUUGGCUGGACUAAUUUAUCGCACCUUUGAUUUUCUGCAACGGUUUGGUUUAGGGCCUCACUGAUAGCAACUGGUUCUACGCUUUCCAGUUGGACGUUUACUGUGCAAAGCUUUAUUAAGUCAGGCGUAGGUCGUUAGUAUGUUGAAAUUACUUCAAGUCUUGGAAAUUUCAGAGUGGGGAAGAUAGGUGGUACAUGCUCAAAACGGUAGAGGGCUGUGACGACAGGCAUUUAUUGUGUUUGUUCAUGCGUCCCCAAGAAGCCAUUCCUCAAAGCACCAUCCGUGAAAAGAAGCACGAGUAAGCAUAGCGCAGCCAGCCCACUAAUGGGUCGAUCGUACUUCAUAACCAGAUUUGUCUUAACGCCCCCAAGGCCAUCGGAGUCUCCCCAUCCCUCCUGGAAGACGCGUUACUUGUCUGCCCGACGUGUCCACAGGUGGAGGAUGGUGGAACAGCCUUCAACAAAGGUUAGUUGGUAAAUAAGCGGGUUCUCUAGUUUGGCGACAAAACAGUCGUGGACCAACAGCGACAAUUUUACCAGGACGCGGAGUUUUGAGGUCUGGUAAGCUGACUGCUUCAUCAAAUGCCUCAAAUCCUGAUGAUGACACUGGAAUAGCCAUCGUGAACCGCCAUUGAAUAGGUUUGCUAACCACUGCUGCCUUAUAGUUAGAUUCUUUAGUCAAAGCGCUGGAGGAGAGCACCUCGAACAAACAAUCUUAGAGGCUGUUGGGAACCCGACUGCACUCAAAAUCCCCAAAAAACGCAUAAACAUGUCCGUCUACGGUACUCCGAUCCAUGCCAUGGCGACCCCCGUAUCGACGCGUCCUUCAACCCUGGUCCAGUGGCGCGGACGAAUAGUAUGCGGGCCGGAUUUCUCAAUCGGAAACAGACUCUCGAUAUUGGAUGCUGGAAUGUUUGAGCGUUUCUGAACCUUGGUACCAAGAGUCUGACGGCGCGCAGUCUUUAGCAGUACAACGCGGAUGUCUGCUGCCUGUCUGAAGUCCGAAUCUCCCACCAAGGCACAAGUGAAAUAAAAAUUCGGAAGUCAAGUCCCACUUACCUUGUACCACAGCGGCCUAUGCGACUCUUCUGGCAGACAUGGUGCGGUUAUCGCCCUCACAGAACAUGCAAACCGUGCACUACGUGUACGGGAACCAGCCAAUGACCGGAUGGCUUGCGUGAGACUGAACGGUCGCUUUACAAAAAUGUCUGUCGUUUACGUGUACGCACCAACAGUAGAUAUCGAACAGCGCGAUAAAGUGACCUGCUACUGGUAGGUGUAGGAAUUAGUUGAUAGACUCCCUCACUGGGAUCUGCUGGUUGAUCCCGGAGACUGUAUCCGGUGACUCCUCAAACAAUCACCUGAUCGGUCGUUUUCGGCUUGGCUAUCGAUGAGACAACGGUAAGAUGUUGCUGAAUUUUUAGCUGAUCAGGACCGACCGUCAAGAACACAGGCUCCCAGCAUCACCACAAACGUCUAUUGACCUAGUAUUUAAACGACGGUCAUACGACCAGUUUGCUCGACUACGCUCUCGUCGGUUCAUGGCUCCGCAGCUGGAUUCACGAAAGCAGAUCGAUGCGUGGUGCCGAAACUCGUGACGCCCAUCAGUCUGACCAUGUUUUUGUUCUCACACGCCUGGAGAUUCGUCGCCCAUCUGCACACAAAAUACCGCGUGCGAGACGCCUUGAUAUCGUAUAACUCCGACAAUCUGUCAUUGCCAAGGCCCCGAGCGCAGAAUUCCGGUCCUGUUUUACCACCCGGGUCGACGGAGAAGGCAGAGACCGAAGUCAUCUGUCUGUGCGGCAGUUGAAGGAACUCUCUGGUUCACUCAGCGACGUCGCAGUGACUGGAUCAGCGAAAAAACCUGCAAUUUAGCAUUACCGACUAAGACGAGGGAGACUGUAGUGACCAUUUCCGGCUUAGUAACCGUUGUCAGCCAUCCAUACCCAACGCCGGAGUGUGCAAUCUCUGUGAUUCGAUCUCGCGACAUGUUGGUUAAAAGCCCAACGCCCCUACCACUGCGCCAGGGGCUUGUUGUCCUGUCGUUGCGAUCGGGUAGAGAGGGCGCUCACCGAGUGCGUUACUGAACUCACUCGUCCUGUUGUGCUUUUAAGUUCCUCUCGAACACCGCCAGCAGCCGCACAGCGGCGCGUGAUAUAAACAGUGUGCCCUCCCUCCUUCCGAUCUUCUUGACUCUGCUGUGACAUCGGAUCCAGGCGAGGAGUGGGAAAGAGAGAGUGUAGUAAGUGCUGCGCAAGUGUACUAUCACUAUAGACGAAUUCACGCACAAAUCGCCGUGCCUGCUACAACUUAGUGUGUAGCACACGGUGGACACCGUCGAAAUCGACGGUCGAACUGUCGGUUAGGAGGCGGGACUUCUAACCAACAGGUCAUAGGGUCAAGCCCCGGGGGUUGCACACUUCAGGUUUGGGUAGGGCUAGCUGAUGACGACUAGUGAGCCAGAAAUGGCCAUUCCAGCCUCCAUUAUCUUUGUCGGUAAUGCUAUUCUGCCUAUAUUACGCGCCAAUGGGUGGCCGCUGAGGGUGCUCGAGGGAGGACCUUAAGGCAAAACGGAUAAGAGACUUCAAUAACACGAUCGGUGAGCAUCCCUAACCCUGUAGUUGUUCGCCUAGACGGCGCAAAACAGGUCCCACAAUGAUAUUUCAUUCCCCCAACUCCGGAAAGUGACAGAAAAGUCGGCUAGGAUUGGCCGGCAGAAAAACUGGACAGGAAUAGCGACCUCCAAGGAGAAGGCCUCAGAUGUUGCUGACACUCGAAGACUACGCCACAGUAUCCACAAAGUUAGUGAUAAGCCCUUGAAAUUUAGUGGCUCUGUUCGCGAUGUGAAUGGCGGCUUUACUGCUGACAAUUCGGUAAGGCCGAUCGUUUGCCUGAACACUUCGAGCACCUUCUCAACUUUUAUAAGCAACCUAUCACACCCUCCCUCCCCUCUGCUGUGGACUUUCUUCCUUUUUCGGUUUAUGAAAUGUCGUAUUGUCUCACUUUUGAGAGAGAAGUUGCCGAUGCAAUACAAAAGGUGAUUGAGCAAGCGUGGAAAAAUGAGGUGGUUCCCAAUAACUAGGGUUCGGCAUGCUUGCGCCUGUGCGUGACUCUAGGAGCAUGCCCAACCAAGCUGGAUUCCGAAGUGCGCGUACAUAAGCGGACCAGAUAUUCACACUGUCGCGCACUCUAGCAUUCUGUCAUGGCUACCAGCAACCGACAGUCAUCUCCUUUGUCGCUGCGUUUUACUCCAUCUAUCGUGAGUCCCUGUGGAAAACAGUGGAAUUAGAUCGUGUGCCGGCCAAAAUAAUCGUCAUGACCAGUGUCUGCUGCUGAUCCACCACUGCGCGAUCUUUCUUCCAUGACAGUCUCUCCCAACUGUUCUAUAUCCGAUCGGGUGUUCGGCAAGGCUUUAUCCUGUCGCCUAUUCAUUGGAUUCUCGAAAGGGCUCUAUACGGUUUUGAAGGUGCGGAGUUCGCACUUGGACAGCAGGUGACCGAUCUAAACUACGCUUUACUGAUCUAUAGUCUGCGGUGUCACUACUGCAUGAAGUCGCUACUUUAAUCGGUUUAUCCGUAAACGUUGAGAGGAUCAAAUUGUUUUUGAGUUGCAUCCCUGGCCAAUACAAAGCGACUCUCGGGUCUGAUGGCUAUCGACUUGAAGUAGACAGUUACAAAUACCUUAGGACGAGGAUGCGGCCCAGUGUACAGAGUGCGGACAACAAUUUCUUCCUCGCAGAUGCUGCUUGCUGGAUUUCCCAGUGCUUAGAAGGUGCCCCUAGACCCGACACAACAUCUUCAUCGCCACAAAGAUUCGCGUGUACAGCGCAUCCGUCCGGCCAAUCCUCUUCUAUGGUUACGAAUACUGGGCUUUGCACGUGGAAGAUGACUGACGACUGGAGGUAUUUGACGACUUCUGCCUGAGGAUCAUCCUUCGAGUGAAGUAUACGGGCUUCGUCUCAAAUAAGGCGGUCCCCAUUUGCUGCGACAACAUCGCGAGGAUAUCUUAGGUCAUCCAAGAAAGACGACUGAGGUGGUUUGAGCACGUCCUCUGUCGUCUGUCUCAUGUUUUCACAGAUACUUCCCUUAAUCCGGCGUCAUUGCCUACCUGGAGGCCUCAAAAUAGUGACCAACUAAAGACUUGGCUCGACACGGUUCGUCAAGACACGAGGUAGUUUUCGGACCUUCGGUAUUCGGUCCCCAUCGCUAGAGAAGAGAAUUGAUCGAGCUGUGCAGAUUCGCUGCUUUAAAUCGUCACGCAAGAAUAGAUACAAUAAGUGACCUCGUUGAGGAUGGCCACAUCAGAUAUUAUCACAGUCUCACCAUGUACAAUUGACAGGUAUGUAGCGGCACAGCAGAGAGAAUAUGUGCAGCAUGUGAGCUACAAUCGUCAGGCCAAAUUCCAUGUUUGAAGGGUGAAGACAAAGGGGACCAGAAUAAGGGGUUUAUUGUGCACAGAACCCGGAGUUGUCCUCUCAGGCGGCAGUGGCCACGGGCGAAGCCAGGGCUGGUGUUGACUGCGUCCAGUCAGGCCUGAGAGUCCCUGAGAUAGUGGUGGCAGCCGCUUUUGUAGGCUCGUUGGCCAAGCUCAAGUGGUGUCCAGUCAGCGUGUGUUGCAUUUGCCGGGGGUGGUGUCCCGGCGGCUUAGGUUGUGGUUGCAGGGGGUGGCGCGUUCAAGUGGCCGCAUGGGCAGCUGCGACUGCGCGGACGCAGGUAUGCCCGAGCUGUUGGUUGUGUGACUUCAGGUCACCUCGUCUGGGACGGCUCGCUGCAAGGGAUGAAUGACCUUGAGGCAGCGAUGUCUGGAACAAUGACGCCAGACCGGUCAUGAUGUCUGGCUGCCACAGGUACAUCGGGAGCCCUCGAGAUUUUAGUCAGACAAGCAUUAUAAUGAUCUGUUCCCUUUUUUGAAAAAAUGACGCAUGACAAUUGGAAAAGUAAACUGCUUGGCAAGAAUCCAUCCAUAUUUUAAAAAAAUGUGUAUCAUUUUUUGGGAGACGUCACCAAACAGCGUGUUAUUUAAUUGACCACCAAGAUAUGGUCCACAGGAUCUCAUGGAUAUCAAAGAAAGACGAGAUCGUUUGCCUAAUAGGCAAUUGCCCAAUCGGUCCGCUCGUUCAAGUAUUACCUACUUCAAUCUUAAGUUAUUUCGAACGCCUUGAUUCUACAAUCUUGCAUAGCGUUGGAUUCGCUUAGCAUGCCGCUUUCUCAUGGCCUCGGUGUAAAGUGAUGUAUUUUCCGAGUGUUCAUUUUUUCCUGAAUAGUUCGCGGGAACCAUUGUUGUUUUGACAAAUGCCAAAUUUAUUUUUGGAGCUAAGGUAGAUUAGUUAGGCACCUAUUACCUACCACGCUCUAUCCCAGCCAUAACUUCAUUGUACACGUUGAGAACGUGUGCGCGACCAUUGAACUGUGUGUAAAUGACUAGUCCGAAAGAACCAUGGUUUUAGAAAUUUCCUACUCAUCUUUUCAAACCUCUAGGCCCGCGGUGCGUAUAUUCUGUAUCCAAUGUUAGACGGUUAUCGUGUCUAUUCCAGUUAUCGUCCCCCCAACCCUGCACCUGUUUGGUUCCUUUGAUUAUCGUUAUUCUAUUAUGCCGCUUUUUGUCAGGCUAUAAGACGACCACUCAUAGCUCAGUUCAUUUAUUUAUUGAUCAUUAUUCUGUGCCAAUCUGAAAUUUGCGGCCAAAAUGUCGCAGUUAUAUCGUCGUUUGCACUGCCCUGCCUCUAUUGACCACUAUCCCGCAGUGCUGGUGGGGGCAUUGAUCUGGCCGGCAAUGGCUAAGCGUCAGGAUAUGAAGUCGUUAUCUGUUUCAUCCAGCUUUUGUCGUAACUGUCAUCCACGACCUAAUAAAUUUGCUGCUCUGGAGUUGUAAUUUUUUUUAAGAGGGCACGGUUUCAUGGGUGCGCCCUGUUAGCAAAGGCAUCAGCUCAAGUUAGACAUUAACCGCCGUGAAUUGUUCAUCUUUUCACUACCUUCGAUCCUUCGUAAAUAUUUACGAUGUUAUCACCUCUAUAUGUGAUAUGGGUGUAGGGGUGUUGAAGUGUCCAGCGGUGCGUCCACGUAACGGUGUUAGUAGGUAGCUCACUUGCUUGCAUUUGUAGACUACGCCUAGCGUCCAUUAACUUUAACCCAACUUUCACAUGUGGCUCCCCGAGUCUAGGCUCUGCCUGGCGGCCACAACCCGCUAACCGCCUCUACCGACAGGCCAAACCAGGUGAGGGUAUCCGUUUGUAUAUCUCUGCACACGGUAACUCGACUUUGCUGGCCGGAUAGAUCACCGCCUCGGCAUCUCCAAGAUGAGGCUCUGUCCGUAACACCGCAGGAGGCUACAAGGUAAGUGAGGUCCCAGUUAAGCGAAUAUUGCUCCGUUGGAUGGAUAUUUGUCUGCUUGUUUGUUUCUGUACUUGUUACAAGUUAAAUUCCGUUCCGUCGAAUUUCCUCUGUUGGCCUUGCUUUUUUGUUGUUCUUGCCUGCUUGCUUUUUGUCUGCUUGUUCGUGUCCGUCCUUAUUGCAAGCUAACUGCCCUAUUUAAGGAGAGCACUGUUCAUCCCCGCGAGGGGGAAGGGGCUAGAAAAUAUGUUCUAAACAAAUGCCGUCUACAGGCUGGCCGUGGCUCGCGGACAACAGAACACUAUCGAAACAACCAAAUAAGAAACAAUAUUAUUUCUCUUAUUCUCAUGCUCCAGACACCGUCCCACCCCACAGGCUCGUUGAUUGAGUCGGCUCACUCUGGAGGCAUGGAAUGUUUGUUCCCUUUUAGACAAUCCGAGGAGCAACCGACCGGAACGGAGGACAGCGCUAGUGGCCCGGGAACUGGCGCGCUACAAGGUGGACAUCGCCGUACUCAGCGGGACUCGAUUCUCCGAACAAGGCCAAUUGGAGGAUGUGGGUGCCGGCUACACCUUCUUCUGGAACGGUCGGCCCAGGGCAGAGCGACGAGACGCGGAUGUCGCCUUCGCCAUCCGGAACGACAUCGUGGGACGACUGCCCUGUCUGCCGCAGGCUAUCAACGAUCGCCUGAUGAGCCUCCGUCUGCCUCUCCGGGGAGACAAAUUCGCCACCACCAUCAGUGCCUAG